CAAGCGCCGCUGCAGGCAGAGCAGGCCGGGCCAUGACCCCCGCGGCCCACGGCUGCAGGCGCGUCGCCUGGUGUCCCUCACGGCCGCCAGCGUCCGCGCCCAGCGCGCCCCAGGAAGCGGCCCGCAGAGGCGACGCCAUGGGGCUGAAGCCCUCCUGUCUGAAAGGCUUUAAGAUGUGUGUCAGCAGCAGCAGCAGCAACAACAACAACCACGACGAGGCCCCCGUGCUGAAUGAUAAGCACCUGAGUGUGCCCAACAUCAUCAUCACGCCCCCAACCCCGACGGGCAUGGGGCUUUCCCGGGAUUCUAACAAGCAAGUCUGGAUGGAUGAGCUGGGGUCUUAUCAAGACGAUGGAGAGCUGGAACCUGAAGCCUGAAGCGGUGAGACCUGUGUGGCAGCUACCUGCCCCCGCUGCCCCGGGUUUUGGGGACGUGGNUACCUGAGCAGCUGGAUGGGGAACAGCGAAUUGGGUCCUGGACCAAGACAUGGAUGGCCAGAAGAGUACAGCAGGUGGCUGGCCCCAACGGAACAGACAUCCGUGGCCUCUGAGUCCACACCAACCCAGACNCCGGCUUGGUGAAGAGGAGGCCACCCUGCCCUACGNUCACCGUGACCAUGGACCUCGGCCCUCGAGGCCCCAGAGCACAAGGACUUCUCGCCAGAGCAGGGCCUCUGUUUUUUUACAAGUUGUUUUACAGGUAUGGAACCUACAUCCUGAGCGAGAUUUAUAAAUAAAGCUCCUUUGUGA